AUGAGUGAGAAAGUGAUUAUUGAGACAGCCUCAAACAAGGAACUAAAAUUAGAUGAAAGCAGAGUGAGGUGCAUAGUGGGCAAUGCAAAAUGCAUAAGAAAGGUUGCAAGUGAAUGUGGAUCUUUCAGCAACUACAUGUGGGACUAUGUGAGCUACAAACCAAUGAUCAGCAAGUUCAAAUAUCCAAGGAAUGUACCAUUAAGAAGUCCAAAAUCAGAUAUUAUAAGCAAGGACUUGGUGAGGCGCGGGUUCCGACUCGUGGGGCCAGUUAUCGUGUAUUCGUUCAUGCAGGCAGUCGGGAUAACUAUCGACCAUCUAGUCGACUGUUUUAGAUAUAGAGAGUGCGUAAACCUUGCCGAAAGGCCAUGGAGACACGUUUGA